CCCCACGCCGCUCCCCUUCCCCUCGCCCCUCUUUGCCUCCCUCUCGACGACCGGCCGUCGCACGCUCCUCCCCCCCCCUCCCUGUCCCUCCCUCUGUCCCCCGGCCUCUGUCCCCUCGUCGGCCCACCGCGCGCGUAGCUCGAUGUCCUUCGCGCCGUUGUCGACCCGCCCCGGCGGGGCCCCGCCAGGCGCGGACGCCACCGGCCCGGUUCCGCUCUCCAGCAGUCUCCUUCAUUCGGCCGACCCGUAUGCCUCUCUCCUGCCGGCCACUCCUGGCGGGGAAGCCCGGCGCCCGGCAGCCAACCUGGGCUUUUCUGCCCUCUUUGGCACCCCGGCUCCCGCGGCCGGCGGGCUCCUGUUCCGUGGUGCGCGUGCUGGUUCCGCGUCGGCGACCCUGGCCACAGGAUCGUCGGCACCGGCCCCGGGGCCGGCAGCCGGCUCUUCCACCAUCCCCGGCGCCCAGGCCGCCGGGUCGUUCGGCCUCUCUGCCGCGGCCCUCGCCGGCGAUAGCCUCGGCCCUUUGGGGCGUUCCACGGCACCCGCCCCACAUGCCUGGACCCAGCAGACCCAGCUGCAGCCCCCCUCACAACCCCACCUGCAGCCCCUUGCUCGCACUCUCCCACAAGACACCACAUAUCUUCCCCCAGCGGCGGCGGCCUCCCUCGGGAACAGUGGCAUCGGGCCUGCGCGCCCUGGCGCAGGCCGUAGUGCCGGCUUCGCGACCAAGGGCACGCGCUCGGCCCCGGCGACCGGGCUGGCCGCUCUGCUUGAACGCCUGCGUCGCCUCCGGUCGCAGUACCUCUCGCACCGACCCUCCCCUUGGGUUUUCUUCUCCAAUGCCCUUGUGGCCCUGGCCCUGCUGGCAGUCUACCUGUCUCUGGGCUGGCGGCACUUCUGCGAACGUCUGGCCAUCCGGUCCGGCAUCCAGCCCGACACCUUCGACUAUGUCGUUUACCUGCCAAUGGCGUACUUCGCUUUGAAUGCCUCCCUGUCGGCCAUUCUCUUCCUGCUGAAUCCCUCGGGCGAGGAUGACUUUGCUCUGUCGGCUGUGGCCCCGCCGCUGCGCAUGCGCGCAACUGACCAGGCCACGCCGGCCACCUCCACCGCUGCUGGGCUCGAUCAUCGCGGACUGCUCAGCACUGGCCUGCUUCCUGGUCGGACGGCCACCGAUGCCGGUGCUGCCGGUGCCGGUGCUGCCGUCGCCGGUGCUGCCGUCGCCGGUGCUCCUGCCCUGCUGGACCUCAAUUCGCCCACUGGCUACUCCCUGCUUGAGGGCACCCUUCUCGGGGGUUCACAGCUCCUGCCGGCACUCAGCCGGGCGGGCGUCCUGUCGACCGCGGCCGCCGCCCCGGCGCCGGGCGCCUCCUUCCAGCGCCGCCCGUCGAUGGCGGUCGCCGGCUCCGGCCCGGGUCUCCUGCCACCCAGCCAUUCGGCCUUGCAGUCGUCCCUCUUUGCCGCCGGAGCCGAGCACACCUUCUCCGGUGGCCCGGUCCCGGGGGACGCCGGUUCCCUCCCGCUGGGCGGCAUGGAGGGUCAUCACCCGGGUGACUCGCCCACCGGGGCCACCCCUGCCGGGCGUCUCAGCUUCUUCCCCCUCUUCCAGCCGGUGUCGCAAUAUCGCACCUCCACACGCGAGGAUAGCCUGCCGACCGGGGAGCGUGAUGCGGCGCAGGCCGCCGCCGCGGCGCAGGCCGCCGCCGCCGCGCGCGACCCUGCCAUCGAUGGCCUCGAGUCCACGGACUACCUGUCGCUCAUUCUGCAGGAGGACAACACCGACCCGCAGGUGGCCGCCCGGCGCCUGUCGCAGGCCAUCCGUUCGCUGGCCUCCUGCCUUCCGACCGCCGCCCUGGACCCGCAGCUUUCCUCCGAAUGGCUUUCCCUGUCCGGAGUCGAUACCCAGCUGCCCAUUUGGACACAGCGCAUGCGCCGCUGGCUGGCCGAAUAUGCCUUCAUCCCACUGGCAAAGCGUAUUGCCGAGAUUGAUUCCAUUUUCCUCCACCUGGGUCUCGGCCACCUGGCCAUUGCGCCCGGGUCCCGGCCCAGCCCCGGCCACCAGGCCGCCGUGGCUGCCAUCCGAUCGGCUCUGCUUCCGCCCCUGCCCGAGCGCUCGGAGGAUUUGCUCCAGCUCCGUUUCGCCGAUUUGGCUCCCUACUAUGCGCAGCCCUGGAUGCAGGACCGCCUGACCAUCGAGCGUUACCUGGCCGUGGGGUUCGGUGCCCAUGCAUCUCUCCCGGCCUUCAGCAAGUUCAUGGAUCUCUAUGCGGCUGGCUCGGACGCCGGGAUUGGUGAUGGGCUCGGUGCCGAGGGGACGCGACUCCCCGGCAGCGGCGGCGGCUCUCGCGGUGGCGGUGGCAACCCGAAGGCCCGGUCGGCGGCCCUCGCCCGCACGGCCUACCGCAAGUAUGUGGUCGAUCGGAUCCUUCGCAUGGCUCAGGGCAGCGUUUUGUCGGAGUUCAUCCACCAUGACUCGCCUCGGCGUCCGGGCCAGGCGGCCGACCUGGCGCCUGGUGCCGGGAAUUUCCACUCGUCAAUUGCAACCGCUAGCGCUGCUACCGGCGGCACGUCCGGCGGCACCAACCAACGCAGCCAGCUUUUGUCCGCCUCCUUUGGCAGUGGCAUUGCCUCUUGGUUUGGCUCGUCUGCCGGAUCCGAUGCCGGUGACUCUUCGGCCGGUCGUGGUCGCCAGGGUACCAGCAUUGAGACGCCGCCCGAGUGGUUCCCCUCCGAUGCGGAAAUUGUCCUUCACAUCUUCGCCACGCUCAUCGACGACACGCUCCCGCCGCUGGCUGUGCACGGCUACUCGGCCUCGGCCUCGGCCUCGGUGCCGGCGCUUGGCUCGGCCACCGCCCCGGCCCCGCUUCUCGGCGUGGCCGGCGGCGGUCUGCUCGGUCGGUCGCCGACCAUGGCCACCACCGCAUCCACCGGCUCCGGCUUCAAUUCGGUCAAUGCCUCCGGCUUCACCGGUGCCGGGUCGACCUUCGGCGGUGGUUCCACCGCUGGAUCGACCUUCGGCGGCGGUUCCUCCACUGCCGGAUCAAGCUUCGGUGGUUCGUCAGUCGCCGGCUCGGGCUCCUCCUUUGGUGGCGUCGGCUUCGGGGGCACACAGUCGCAGCCGCAACUGCCCACUGUGGUUGAGAAGCGUCUCGGCUUCUCGGCGCGAUUCGUCACUCCGGACAGCUGGACCCCGCAUGACAUUGUUGCGCACACUCUCAGUGCCGCGGCCACUCCGGCCGGGCUGUGCAGCACUUCGGUGUCGGCUUUGCUCCCGGAAGCCGGGCAGCAGCAGCAGCAGGCGGCUCGUGCGGCCGGGCUUGACACGCCAGAUGCCGGCACCCCCUCGGUCCUUCCCUCGCCGGCGCGUAUCUUCAUGGUCCGUCGCUUUGUGGUCCCCCUGUCAUCGAAGGCCACGACCGAGUCGGCCCCGACGCCGGCGGCCGCUGGCUACACCGCCGGCUCCGGCAGCCCCUACCAGCCGCAAGACCUGUACCAGCAGCAUCACCCUCAGCAGCAGUCCCAGAUGUAUGGCACUUCCGGCCGGCAGUCUCUCAACCACGGGACCGGUUAUCCGGGUCUCGGUGCCUAUUCCACCUUGUCCAAUGGUGGUCACUCCUUCCAGCAUGGUGUCUCGGCCUCGCAGCUGUCGUCGCAGCACACGGCCCCGGCCGGGGGCGAGCAUUUUGCCCGGUACAGCCGCUCGGGCAAAUCCUCCACCACCACCGCCGGGUCUCUGGCCACCAAGCAGCGUGUCCUGGCCCCGCACUAUGUUCUGGUGGUGGCUGGUCGGGUGUGGCCCACGCCGAUUGGCUCGGCCAACAUUUUCCAGACCCUGGUCCUUUGGCUCCUCUGGGUCCGGGAACAUUCGUCCGGCCACAUUGGCCAAUUUUCUCUGGCCGGUCGCCCGCUCGGCCUGAUGGAGAUCCUGGACUGAGCAUGAGGCCCAUAGGCCGCAGGUGGUCAUCCUUCCCUGCUGUCGCCUGCUCGCAUCUUCGCUUUCUGGGUGUCUGUGCUCCGCCCCUCUUGUCCUUGCCCCGGCGGCUUGCGCGCACCUCCCACCCCCCCUUCUUCAGCCCUCCCCUUGUUUUCUCCCCUUCCAACAUUAAUACACUCCCCUCCUCC